AUGCCCUUCUUCUUCAAAACAUACACUAUCAAUGUUCUGCUAGCUGGUGUCCUAGUGGUCCAGGUUGCCAGCGCCCACCCUUUCACAGACACCAAUGGGCGUAAUCUCAUCACUGGUGAGGGCAUUGACAGCGAUGCCAACGUGAACCAUCCAAAACUUUCGACUGCCGAUUUCCCCAGUAUGGGCUACGCCUGCCCAAAAACCGACAAAUAUGCGGACAUCACCACCUACACGUCUGGACAAUUGACGAAAGCAUACGCCAAAGCAGCGAAGUAUGCCAAUGAAGGGACAACAUUUGAAACAAGUUCGUCACACCCUCCUCCGGCAACCGUCAAUCUCAUUACAGCAAGUCGCGGUGAAGGAGCAUUCUGA